AUUGCAGCAAUCAAGAACCAGGCAACAGGACACUACAUCCUCAACGGGAAGGCAGACGAGCUGAAGUCCAGGAGCUUCAUUGAGCUGGGAGUGGAGUGGCACUACGUCCUGGAGGGAGACGUGGAGAUGCUGCACACCGACGGGCCUCUGCACGACCCCGUGGUGGUUCUGAUUAUACCGAAGGACAAUGAGACACGAUCCACGUUAAUGUACAAGUACAUCAUCCACGAGGACUCGGUGCCGGUCAACAACAACAACGUGAUCCAGGAGGAAGCGUACGAGUGGGCCCUGAAGAGCUGGUCUCCGUGCUCAAAGCCCUGCUCUGGAGGGUCUCAGUACACCAAGUACGGCUGCAGGAAGAAGGGAGACACGAAGAUGGUCCACCGCGGAUACUGUGAGGCAAACAAGAAGCCAAAGCCGAUCCGCCGAAUGUGUAACCUUCAGGACUGCACUCAGCCUCAAUGGAUCUCUGAAGACUGGGAGCAUUGCACCAAAACCUGCGGCUCCCUGGGUUUCCAGAUCCGGACGGUUCGCUGCAUGCAGUUCCUCCACGACGACACCAGCCGCUCCAUCCACAGCAAAUACUGCAGCGGGGAGAAGCCGGAGAGCCGGAGACCCUGUAACAGAACCCCGUGUCCGGCCCAGUGGAGGACGGGCGGCUGGUCUCAGUGCUCCGUGUCGUGCGGAGAGGGGCUGGAGCGGCGGCCUGUGACCUGCAAGACCGGAGAUCAGUGCUACGGGGAGAAACCUGAGGCGGUGAGGCCGUGCAGACCGGGACCGUGCCACGAUGAGCCGUGCAGCGGAGACAAAUCCAUCUUCUGCCAAAUGGAGGUGUUGGCAAGAUACUGCUCUAUUCCAGGCUACAACAAGCUGUGCUGCGAGUCGUGCAGCAAGCGCACCGGAGGUUUGUCUUUGUUCUCGGAGGCGGCGGAGACGGAGGAACACGUCCGCUUCGGAUCGGCCUCCCAGCUGCUGGAGACGUUGAUGGCCAACGCCACCGGCAGCAGCAAGCAGAGCUCAGGAAAAAGCAGCCCUGCAAAACGCAUCGCAACCCCAGCGCCGCUAAAGAAAGCCCAGCCAAAGGUCUCCAAAGCACCGAGGAGAGUCCCACGAGAUCUAAAGCUCACCCCGUCGCUCCUCCAGGAGCCAGAAGGUCAAAGGUCAGGCGGUUUGAUGGGGAGCCGGUGGCCUACGUCAUACUCUAAAGUUGAGAGAUGAAAGUGAAGCGUGUUCCCUUCAGGACUCCUCAUGGACAGAUUUUCCAGCCUCACCAAAUACACCACAGAGAGUCGGAAGGUGGAAGGAAAAGUGCUGGUUCACUUUGUUUUUAUCCAUAUUAUCCCACUGAAAUGGACCUGAAACACAACGCUGACGUUCCCAGACAGCUGAAAGAGUUCAAACGACCCAAAGGGAAUUUCGUUCUGGUCAAAUUUCAAAACGAAACUGAGACAGAGGUCUCUGUCAGUCCAACAUGUAGUUUUCCAAAGAAAUUGCUGCUUUAUUCAAAACACAGUAUUGAAUUCUGGAUUUUGGUCAUCUAGAAACAAUUCAGUGAGAUGUUUACGAAAGUUCCCAAAUCUUUGUUCUGAUUGGUUUAUUUUUCAGUUCCUGUCAUAAGUGAUAUGAGGGCCGUUAGCAGCAGAAGCCAAGUUCACAACGAUCAUCCUUAGUAAAAUCUGCUGCCUCCAACAGACAUUUUAAUGCUCCAACAACUAAAAACGACUUAUCACAAAAGAUUUAGGAAUUAUAUCUAAUCUCCUGUUUUUAGUCUGAAUCACUUUAACACAAAGAUUCGGUUUCUGUGUUUUGCUGUCUGAGUUUAAAACCAAUCAUACAACCUGUUUUCUUUUGUUUCAAUAAUCUCUUUAAUAGGAAUAUAUAUGUUUUUUUUUUAGUUUUGACAUUGAGCAGUGUGCUUAAAGGUUUACAUUAGGUGCUUAAUAGACGGAGGAGAAAACAGCCGCAGCAGACGGAGCUAAUUAAAUCUGUGAAAGGGAAAAUUUCAGGCUGCGUUUGUGAACUAAACUAAAAUGUUUUGACCUGUUAACUUUUAUAUUAGACACAGUGGCUCUGCUCUGCUCAUUUGCUGACUAAGGGUUUUUCUGGAAUGCUUUCAUUCAAAAAGAUGUGAAGUUUUAACACGACCUUUAACCUUUAACGGCCAUUUUUCUUGCCAAAAAACCCUGAAAUAUUUAGAAACUUGACUUGGUCAAUAAUGAGAAGAAUUUAAUUAAAUAAUAAAAUAAUCAAAACUAACAUGAAAGGUUAAAUGUUAGCCAGCUUUGUUUUUUUAUUAUUAUUUUUGAGAUGUGCUGCCUUUUAAUUUCUGACAGUAUUUCUACAGUUUUCUGUAAAUAUCACACAUGAAAAUAUCAGUAUUACUUUGAGAAAUCAAGAAAACUUUAAACAUUCCCUUAUGCUAGUUCAGUGUGGCUAACAUGAUCAAUAUUGGUGCUGUUAAUACCAGAAGGAAUGAAAAUUAAGUUAAAAUAUUCAGAUCAUGUACAUAUAUUCUGAAUAUUUUCUUGUUACAAAUAUGUUUUUGUUUGUUAUAAACUGUGGCACCUUUGAUGCUAGAGACGGUUAGCUUAGCUUACUGUAAUCUAAGGCUCUAGCUCUGCCACAAAUUAAAUCUAGCAUCUGAAUCAGCCACAUUCCCCAAGUUAGUGCAAACAAACAAAUUAAUUUGACUUGGUUUCACUUUCAAAAGCUAAUAAACAACAUAUCACUUUAUUUCAUUUUCUUCACAGUACAAAGAUUAGCUUCCUAGAUACAGCGUCUGCAAAACAAAAAGAAAUUUCUGCAGAGAAGAGUUAAAUUAUUUCAUGAAUCAUGAAUAUUUUUGCUCAGUAAGACUUAAACGUUAAAGAAGUGAAUCAAAUCAGACCUACUUACUGGCCAUCGGUCACUCUACUUGUUUGGACAUUUUAAAAACAAACACACUUUCACUAAAUUCUCAUGAAUAUUCCUGGGAUAUUUGGCUCCAUAUUGACACGAUUGCUUGACUCUUGCUGCAGAUUUUUUGGCUGCAUUGACCUGAAAUCCCUGUUGCACCACAUCCAGAGCUUGGAACCAGAGGCUGUUGACUUACAGUUUUAUGCUGCAUAAAUUUGAGUUUUUGGUGCUAAAGCAUCAACACUCGAUAGGUGCUAUAGAGUCCAACAUAAUGGACAAUAUCGCCUCGCACCAUUGAACCAGCAGCAUUAAACCGGUUUCUCUUUUUCAGCAGAUAAGAGUCAGAUUAAAUUCCUUUUGUGGCUUUUGAGCCAUCGUUCCCUUCCCAUCGUCUUAUCUCCUACCGAUUCCGUUCUGGCAUCAUCCAGGCCUUUUUGUCCACACAGCUGCUACUUAUGGGGUAUUUUCUCUUUUUCUGGCCAUUAUCUGUAACUGUAAAAGAUGGCUGAGCAUGAAAAUCCUCAUGGAUCUGCAGUAUCUGAUGUACUCGGACGAUCCAAUCUGACACCAACAACUAUGCCAAGUUCAAAAUCCUUUAAAUCCCCAUUUUUUUCCCCAUCUUGAUGCUCAGUUUAGAUUUCUGUCUAGAUGUCUAAAUAAAUUGAGUUUCUGUUUUUUGGGUGACUGAUUUGAAAUGUGAGUUACUGAACUGGUGCAGCCAGUGAGCGCAUGUCUCAUCUGAUUCAAACAAAACUCUUUUUCAGAUCGCAAGUCUUAGACUGUUUAAAUAUACUAAAUGAGGUUUUAAUUCACUUAUUAGACGAUAUAUUCUUGCUAAAUUAUCAAACUAGCUUCACCUGUUUUUAAAAUGACAGAACAUCUGUUUUGUUCUGUGAAAUGAUCCACCAAGCAGCUCUGUCUUUUUGUGUUUUUCAUUUGACAAUUUUAACAAGCGCUCUCUUUUUGACAGGAAGUGAUAAAAACUUGGCAGGUAUACAUUUCGGAUGUGUUGCUUUCUGACUACAACCAGCUAUUAUUUCCAAAACUUUAUGUAACAGCUCAUAGGAGAGACACUGCAUGAGCUGCCUGGUAUGCAGGCAUAUGAAAGAAAUUUAUGUGAUGUAGGUCUAAAAGUGACGAAAUGAAGCAGAUUUUUUUGGAACAUCCCUUUGGGAUCAAAGAUGUUUAAUUUUGUUCUCGGUCUUGUUUCCUUCUUGCUUUUGCUUGUUUGUUUUUUUUAGUGCCCCAAAUUGGUCAGAUAAUUGUUCACUAGAUUAAUCAGAAAGUAGGUCAUGCCGUCAGUUUCACUCUCAGUUUCCAGCCUCCAGCAUGCUGAGGUGAGUGAAUCUUCACCACUGGAAACAGCUUUAAGGUCAUUGUUUUGUAACUUGGCUCAUCUGGGGACCAAUUUGUAUGCAUCUUAUAGUAUUUAUGUUACAGUGUUAAGUGCGUUGUAAUGUGGUGCCGGCGUUAUUUUUCCGUUUCACCUCAUUUACAUAUUCCAUUAAAAUGAAUGUCAUAUAGAGUUUAAAAUUAAGUUAUUGUUAGAGUUUUCAAAUAUUUUUCUUUUAAACAUGCUAAGGUGCUGAUUUUUUUAAAUCAAGGAUUUUCUAAUUUGCUAAUACUUUGUUAUAAAACUGAUUUGGUGCUGCAGGAACCAAAGGGCUUUACAGAGGAGAAUGUGCUUUGUUUAAUCCUACAUAAAUUAUUAUGUAGGAAAUAAUUUCACUUUUAUUUUCCUAUCAACCGUUUUCUGUUCAAGUAUUAAUGCUGAGCUGUUAUUGGAUCAGCUGUUGAAUAAAUAGAUUUUAUUUUACUGUGUUACUGGGAAUUAAAAAGUACUAACAUGUGGACCAGAACAAAAAAAACUGUUCAACCUCUAUUAGAAAGAACUUACUUCAUACCAGCUUAGCUUGAAUAAAUAUAUUAACUAAUUUAAUACAUUUACAAUAAAAACUUACACAUUCCAGUUGAUUUACUGUUUUAGAAACAAAGUCUAGAAAUCAAUACGGCUCAAAACGUCUGCGUCCAAACUGAUUGUUGUGUGUUGAACGUUUCGUUUUUUUAUAGGAUAAAAGCCAAACUGAAGCACAAUAAGCUGGAUUUAAACAGAAUCUUACUGUCUAUGAAACCUAUUUUCUCCUAGAUUCUUUAAUAAUCGCUUUUUUGUGUUGAACCGAAGUUCUGCAGAGAGAAAGCUAAUUUAUUUCUGAGAAGGAUUUCCUAACUACCACCAUGCAUCUGACUGCAAUAGCCAAAGACACGGUUUUGUGUUUUCAGCAAAUAGUUUUCAGCUUUUCACACUCACUCCUGUGUGCCAAUGUACAGUUAGACAUGUAUAUAGCAUUGAGUGCAUGAAUAUUUAUUGAAAGUCAAAUGGUUCUGCUUUUUUACAGUCUGUGCAGGAAACUGCAGGAGGUACAUCAUGGAAACCGAAUCACCUUCUUUUGUCAUUCAGAUAAAUAAAUGUGAUAGAAUAGAGACGAUUUUGUGUUUAGUUGUAAAUAUACGUGCUCAGUUUUGAGUCGCUUGUCAGAAGGCUGUUUUUCUCUCAGCUGUUUGUAGAUGUUAAGAGUCGUGACUGCACAUCACAGCAGCAUGUACUGACUGAUCAGAGUUAAUUAAAAAAACGAGUUUUAUGCUCUUUGACAUUUUUUUUAGUUUUACAUUUUCCUCCCCAGUUCCUUUUUAAUUGCUGCCUUUAAACGUUGCUGCUAAUGUUGUAGAGAGCUUGAUGAUAGUGUAGCUGUAGGAGAUAAAUGACAAUCCCUGAGCCGCAGACAGACGUUCUAGCAUAGGAUCCUCCAUGUACUGUAUCCACGCUGUUGUUUAUCCGCGCUUUCAAACCCUCAGCUUCUGCUUUGUAUUGUUUGUGUAGAUGGAUUUGCACACUACUGAUGCUGUUUGUUGUAUUGGGGAGCACAUAGCAAUAAAGGAUUUGAUGAAUUAA